CCCCAGUCGUCAAGUGCUGCUCUUGGGGGGCGAGGUUGAGAGGGAGGGUGACGCCAAGAAGGGAGAGAAAUACAUGCAUCAAUAGGUUAGGCAACAUAUUUCUCCUCCUGCAAUCCCGUUAUAACGUUGCCUACUCAGUCAAUACGAAGGAAAUAGUGUGAAUUUAAAGAGCCAGGAGAUCUGAUGAAGAUGAAGACAGUCAGUGUGGUGGUGCUGAGCUUGCUGCUCUGCUCAGCUCUGUCGGCCCCUUUGAAAGGUAAAGAAGACUCCCAGAAGACCAUGUUCUUUGGGGAGGACUUCCAUCUGCAGCUGCCCUCCCUGGCUGCAGAGGUUUUGUUCCAGCCCAGUAAUGCCAAGGCGGGGGUUGAGGUGGUCCUGAUGCGGGGUGGGUCCGUGGUCGGUAACCGUGCCAAGCUCAACAGUCAGCUCAGUCACCUGAUCUUAGCGAACGUGGGCGAGGGGGACGAGGGGACGUACUCGGUGAAGAACAACGAACAGCCGGAAGAGGUCCGACGCAUCACACUCAUCGUCAGAGACUGUUCCAACGAGCAGAACGUUAAGUAUGGGGAGAACUACCACAUCCAGCUGGUGGGGGUGGAGGCUCCCAUCACCCUGGAGUAUAGGCCCAGUGCUGUGGAGGCCAACCUGACCUCCAGGCCGCCCCUGGUGCUGAUGACCCGAGGAGGGCUCUCCAGAGACGGGUACCAGGGGCGCCUGAGCGUCAACGAGUACCGGAUCACUCUCAACGCCGUGACAGGCGCCGAUGAGGGAAGCUACACCGUCAGAGACACGAACCUGAAGAUCAUGAGGAAGGUCUGCCUAAAUGUCAAAGAACACCAGAACUUUGUGAAGCUGCCGUACGCUGGCACCCUGAAGAUCAACCUGAUUCUGAAUGCCUCCAUGGUGCGUCUGUUCUACACGCCUGACUACGACUUAAAAACCAGACAGAUCCUGGACGGGGGACAGUUAACGGUGCCAGCAGACCUGGAUCUGGUGGGGCGGAUCUCUCUGGAACCGUCUGUGGUCAUCCUGGACCAGGUCAAGGCCAGCGACGUCGGACAGUUCAAGGUCACGGACAUACUGGGGUUUCCUGUGUCCAACGUCUACCUGGAAGUGGAGGCCUACAAGCUGCCGUCCCUCUACGUGGCAAUCAUAGCACUGGUGGGCUUCCUGGUCCUCCUGCUGUUGGUGUGUCUGCUGUCCUGCCUGGUCAAGCAGAAGAAGAGGGCUGCCAAGGCCCGAGCCAUCGAGAAGAUUGCCCAAAACGCAGGCAAGGAGGACGAGGGAGAUGCCUUCAGACAGGUGGUGAAGAACAUUACUCAGUUUGAGGAGUCUAUAGCCCAGUCCAUCGACAUCACAGAGAAGUCUCAGAGCACUGAGGUGGACAUUAAAGGUCUGGAGGUGUCAUCCAAGGAGGUGGCAUGUGGUAAUCUGGAGACCAGUGACUCAGGGGUGGAGUUUAACACCACUGGCCUCCCAUUGGACACUGACACUGACGUCCCCGACCAGAUUCCAGAAUCAGAGGCUGAGACUGAGAGUGUUGCCUUCGUCCCAGAAACCAAGCCAAGCCCACCCCCGGUUACCAAACCUAGCCCGGUUCCCAAAAUCAACAAAAUCCCUGAACCAGCUCCUGAACCAAAGUUGACCAUAACCAAACCCGUUGAGACCAAACUCAGCCCAAUCCCAAGCCCGGUCUCCAAGCAGGCUCCAAGCCCCAUUGCCAAAACACCUGAACCAGCCAAAACUCCUGAACCGAAAAUACCUGAAUUGAAAACACCUGAACCAACCAAAACUCCUGAUUUGAAAACUCCUGAUCCGAAAACACCUGAAUUGAAAACACCUGAACCAGCCAAAACACCUAUUGCUGUGUCUCCAAGCCCGGUGUCCCCUAAGCCAACCCCACCCCUGACCCCUGUCUCCAAACCAACUGCACCCCAACCAUCAAGCCCCGAACUCGCCAAGCUGGUGACACCAGCCCCCGAACUCCCCAAGCCGGUGACACCAACCCCGGAAUCCCAAAAGCCUGUGACACCAAUCCAGACUCCGACCCCAACCCCAAUGCUGAGCCCUGAACCUGCUCCGACCACCAAUGGCACACCCGAACCACCAGCACCUGAAUCCAAACCUAACACUGCUCUGGCCCCAGUGGGUCUGAUCGAAAGUCCUGUCGCCAAGGCAACCCCGCCUAAAACCCCUGAGGUGGAGGUGACCGCCCCAAGUAGUCCAGCCCUUGAGGCCAAAAUGGACGCCACAGCUGAGAAAAACAACGCCACCACCGCAACCUGAGAACAGUCCCUGCACUCCUCCAAGGGAAACCCCACAGAUCCAUUAUCCUAUUCUCCUCCACCACUGUAGACAGACAAUCGAACACCCCCCUUACCAAAUAAGGAAGAAAUCACUGCUACUAUCGAGGCUGGGACUUAGAUUUAACACUUCUAAUGCUCAAACAUGCUGUAGUUUGUUAUGAUAGCUAACUCACCUGUACCUAACACUAACAUUAUCUUUGAGAUACUUUUUUCAAUUCACAGAUACUUUUCACAAGAUAGGAAAUAUAAGCAAGCGAGUCCAUUUUGUCAGACGUUUUAGCUGUUGUUGUUUUUUUUUUACAUUUCUAUGCUGCAUACUCUUUUUUAGUGUGUAAACUAGAGUAUGACUGCCGGUCUGCCAACAAAAUCAGUUGCAGAGUUUACAAGUAAAAUGUUAAACCUAGCUACUUUAGAUAUGUUUUAUUUUCAGGUGUGCAGAAUGGUUCCACACCCUUUUACAAAGAUAUAGGAACUUUAGAAUGGCAAGUGAACAUGACUCAAUCUAAUUCAACUACAUCUAUGACCACUUACUCCUUUUUUGGAAUGAUAAAACCUUUGAUGAUGCCUGCUCUAAUCUCAGCAUGAAAAAACAGACCAAAACGAAAGCACGAACAGCUCGUAAAUUUGCAACGGACCUUUUUUAAAUCUCAUAUGAUGAAACCAAUGACAUGAUUUAGCCCCCCCAAGGACUUAUAAAAGUGACUAUGACAUAACGUUCUCGUCAAACUGGAUGAAUUUAAAUCACCUUUCUAUCAAACUGGACUGGAUUCCUUCUCCUUGUGACAUUCUCUAUACGUUUUCCUGAAACCUGGGAAUCCGGGAAUCUGGAAUUUUCCUGCUGGUCCUCUGCCGUCCUAUAGAAACAUCUAGAAAGCUUGAAUGGUGAAACAUCCUGAUACAAAGGAGCAUGGCAUUAUCCCAGCAACACUAAUACCUGAAUGCUGAACUCUAACAUCAAUACCUUCUGCUAAACUAAGUCUAACUUUUGUUUAAAAUUGAUGUUUCAUGUGAUUGUGCUUCCAACUACUUGAGAGGCUGUAUUGGUUAUAAGGUGUUGGCCAACUCUGACUGUCCCAGUGGAUUUCUAGAAUCAGAUUAAUCGAAGAGAAAGAGCUUGUUUUGAUCCUUGACCUCACCCCAGGACCUGAAGACCCCAACGACACACCUCAGCACUUUAAGCAAUCCCCAGUGAAUCUUGGGAAAUGUAGUGCUGAUUGUUAUUCUGCUGACUACAACUAUGAGAGUGGGAGAGGGAUAAGAGGAGGGGUCUGGUGAGUGAUGUCAUUGGCUUAGUCCUAACAUUUAAAAAAGGAAUCCUCCCUCCUCUAUGUUCACUUCUGUCCUUCCUUCUGUCCUUCCUUCUGUCCUUCCUUCCUUCUGUACUCCCUCUUUUCCUUCCUCUCUUGCUUGCAGCAGGUGGUGAAGUACAUUAUUAUGGCAUGGUUUCAUCUGGCCGAUAGAUGUAGUUUUACUGUUGGUCCUGCCCUCUUGACUUCUCAUUUAUAGCUUAUGGGUCAGCCUUUAUACCCCAUGAUGACUUAUAAAAGUACAGUAUGAAAGUAUAGUCUUCCCUGAGAUAAUAGAACAGACCCAUGUCAGACUAUUCCUUGCCUACACACAAUCUACAUGCAUUACAGUCAUCUAUGAACUACAUACUGGAGGCCAAAUGUAGAUGUGUUCCACGGCUCUGAUGCCUAGUAUGGUGAUCUCACAGUACAGUAUACAUGUAGUUCUGGUUGUUUGCUCCAGCCUAAAACAGACACUUCACAAAUAGGGUUAACCCACUAGCAUCCAUCCACAGCACUGGAUAUGAUGUCAAGGCAUUGGUUGAUGUGUUCUAAUAGCCUACCCUAUUGCCAUUGGUCUCUCUGACUGCCCUAAAAAGGUCCUGCGAGAACUUCACCAACUAUUAACUCACUGUACCACCAUCUCCAGGACUGUGCCAUGACACCAUCUGUCUUUAGUUGCUUGAAGCUAUGUUGCUCUAGCCUAGAUUUACAGUGCAAUAAGACUUUGCUGGUGGUUAAAACUCCUGUAGCCGCUAUGUGUUACAGGAGGAGGUGUGCAGAUACAUUUUGCUUAACAAAAGACAUCUCUACCUCAGUGUUUUAACUGACCGUCGUGACAGACACCAUGAAUGGUACAUUGAGUUCAGUGGACUACAUCUAAAAGCAUUUAGGAUUUUUAAGAGAAGCACAAAUAGGAGCUGUGUUAAAUUAACCAACCCAUCAAUCAGUUGUUGGAACACAUAGAAAGUACAUCCAUCUUCAACUUCAAACGAUGGCCUUUCUCUUUCUAAACACUUCCACAAUUCUAAGACGUUUUUUAAUGCUAAAAUGAAUAUGAGAAUAAAAUGAAAGUUAAAAGCCAUAUGGUAAGAUAGUGAUAUAGAUGUUAUGAUUAGUACAGUAUAUGAAUCAUGAUGAAUACAGUAUGAAUACUUUAGUGUUUGAGGUGCCUAAAUUCUUUGCUAUAUUGUCAAUCAACUGAUGUAAGUGAUAAAAGGUCAAUGAUUAUGUAAAAUUAUACCACUGAAGAGAUUUGGCCCCAAUCUCGAUCACGAUCUCAAUCUCGAUCUCAAUCUCGAUCUUGAUCGCAUUGCUCGUCAAGCUCUGUUGUGUGGAGCCGUAACACCCAUUUAGGCAAUACUAAAAGCAGUGUUUAGCUGUUUCUGCACACACACACACACACACACACAAACACUCCCUUAUGACGCUGCUGACGAGGUUCAGCAUUGUAAAUAUUGCAUGUGUAAGGUUUAAAAAGUCUCCUCUCAAAGGUUGAAUGUGUUUAGUGUAUAGAAUGGCCGUUGUAUUAUACUUGAUGAUAUAAAAAAGCUAAUCUAAUUUCUCACCUGUGCAAAGCCUACAUGCUGAUUAUAUAAUAUACUGUACACACACACACUAAUCUUCACUAACUUAUAAAAUACUAACUUGAACAACUGAAAAUGGUAAACACAACUGAAUAAGUGCAUAUUUUUCCGCAUCACAGAUCUUCGAAUAGAUCUCUAAAAUAUUUUGAUUGGAUUAACUUUUAUUAGUACUAUUUCAACCCUAUGAUGAUAACAUUCACAGUAUAACACCCUUACAUAACUUAUAUAUAUAUAUAUAUUUAAAAAAUACAGAAUGAUCUAUGUCACUUUAAAGAUAGACGUUUAUUGCAGCAUGUCCACAUGAUCUCCUCAAAGACAGUAUUAUUAUUAUUCAUAUUUUUCUGCUUUUAUAAAAGCCGUCUGUGUGUGUGUGUGUGGAGGAUUGAUCAGUCAUACUGUUAUCUUCAUCCUAAUGUGUGUGUGUGUGUGUGUGUUUGUGUGUGUGUGUGUGUGUGUGGAGGAUUGAUCAGUCAUAGUGUUAUCUUCAUCCUAACGUGUGUGUGUGUGUGUGUGUGUGUGUGUGUGUGUGUGUGUGUGUGUGUGUGUGUGUGUGUGUGUGUGUGUGUGUGUGGAGGAUUGAUCAGUCAUAAUGUUAUCUUCAUCCUAAUGUGUGUGCGUGUGUGUGCGUGUGUGAUCGUACCUGAGUGAGUGUGUUGUGCGUGCCCGUAUUGUGUGCAUGCGUGCGUAUGACACAUCAUUUUGUAUCUGUGUCUAGGUAUAAGCCUCUAGCCUAUGUGUGUGCAAUGAGAAAAUAAAAUCACAACUUCAGCUGUAUGUCGACGUCACAUAUCCAUGCUUAGAAAUGAUUGUCCUCAAUGAUCUGCUUAUCAUCUAACAUUUGUUUAGAAAACUAUCUGUGUUUGUCCAGACUCAGUAUGUGGUUAACAUCACACAAACCUGCACCUCUGAGGUGCUCUACACCAGAUGACUCUCAUCUUUGAUUUAGUGCCUCAAAUAUGAAAUCAAAUAUUCAAUGGCUAGUCAGCCUAUAUUCUAUAAAUACACUCCAAGAGGCACCGUUUGGUUUAUAUGAUGUAGGUCAGCGGUAAAGUACUAUGAGCAGACCUGACUACCUUAUAGGUCUACUGUACUGUAUAUAGAGACACAACACAGUCAGGAGAUACAGAAUAUUGUAGUCAGGACAGGAAGUGUUUAAUAUAAUGCACUUCGACACUCAGUCAUGAUUGGAAGAGUGAUAAAUUACCUAGUUGCUUGGUAUUUGGUUAUCAGGGUUUAUUUGAAUGUGCAUUAGCAUGAGAUGAAUAACAUAUUGAAGUGUAUUGUGUAA